AUGGUAGGCGAUUCUGGAGUUGGGAAAAGUAGCCUUUUGCUCAGUUUCACUACAAACACUUUCGAUGAUCUCUCCCCUACCAUUGGAGUGGAUUUCAAAGUAAAGCAUGUUACUGUUGGUGGGAAAAAAUUGAAACUUGCAAUUUGGGACACGGCCGGACAGGAAAGAUUUAGGACUUUGACUAGUUCAUAUUACAGAGGAGCUCAAGGAAUCAUAAUGGUUUAUGAUGUGACUCGACGAGAAACAUUUACAAAUCUGUCUGAUAUAUGGGCUAAAGAAAUUGACCUCUACUCAACAAAUCAAGAUUGUAUCAAGAUGCUCGUAGGCAACAAAGUUGAUAAGGAAGACGAAAGGGUCGUCAGCAAAAAAGAGGGAAUCGACUUUGCAAGGGAGUAUGGAUGCCUGUUCCUUGAGUGCAGUGCCAAAACUCGGGUCAAUGUAGAGCAAUGUUUUGAGGAACUCGUUUUGAAGAUUUUGGAUACGCCGAGUCUCUUGGCCGAUGGCUCUGGUGGUGUUAAGAAGAACAUCUUCAAUCAGAAACCUCCAGAAUCUGACGCAUCCACAAGCACCUGUUGCUGA